GGUCGGUGGUAGCGGCGGCGGGCAAACCCCCGAAACGCGAAUAUAAAAGCUCUCGAUUGUGGACGCGUGUCGUCACUCCUCACUUCGUCGCAUCGCGCAGCAUCGUAUAGCGGUGAUUCUUUUGCGUGUGCCGCAAACAUCACGCGAUCACCCCGCGCUUUUCCAUCCGACGCGUUGAACUGUUUACUUCCUUAGCCAACGCUGUGCGAAAAUUGAAAAUUGCGUCAUUCCCUGCGAAAGCUCUAAACCGCAGGAAAAAAGUUAAUCGAAUUCAUUUUUGAAACACUUUAUAUUUCGUGUUUUAAGUUCUUGAAAAGUGCAAAAUUCGUGUUUGUGUGGAUAACUCUUUGGAUUUUUAACAAAUAGAAAUGACUGUGUGGAUGAAAACCGCGACGCUCCUACUAGGAUUGCAAUGCAUCACGAUGUCGUUUGGUUUGCCUCAUCAAUUUCCACCGAACGCCGACUUGGAAGCGCCCGCCGACUAUUUCGACGCAACAGGCGAUGAGAAUAUAGAUAUGGAUAAAUAUGUAAGCGGCCUGAGUGCGAACAUCGAAAACCAACAGGAGGAAAAACUACUGCGUAUGGGCAACUAUCUGGCUGAAAUGUUAUUGAUGCCGUGGGAUGGCAAAGGGCUUCCGUUAUUGUACGUGGAGGAAGAAGAACCUAGUUCGUCGUCUUCCAUUGAAAAUGUUCUCAAUUCAGGCGAAGACUUUAGAGAAUUGAGUCCAAGGAAGCGAUCUCGAUUUUACCGCAAAUAUCCGUACAAACGACAGAACGCAAGACAAAAUUAUGACGCCGAAAACCGUUAUCUAUGUCAACCGAGCAGAGAAGACGUGUACAGACUUCUGGUGGCACUGCACGAUUCGCGUCAGGGCGGCCAGGGACGCAACAUAAAUUUCUGCAAUCGCAAGCGGCCGGCCAAGGCGAUCUUCACCAACAUUCGUUUCAUGGGUUGAUUCAAUGUCUCGUUGCGCGAAGAACAACAAUGGAAUCUCGAUACAAACCUCACUCAUUCAAUCACACAUACGCCGAUAUACCCACACAGCAACCAAGCCCACGGUUUUCACCCCCAUUCACAAUUAUAGUAGAAACGACGUCAAAUCGCUACCGACAACAUUCUGAUACAACUCACGUUGAACCCAGCAAACAAUAUGUACUACUUACUAACAAUGACCAUAGGUGCAACAUUAUACAAUAUAAAUACUAUUGCAAUACAGUAGUUACAGAAA